GUACGGUUUGCUGGGCGACGGCGUCAAUCUGGCCGCCCGACUGAAGAGCCUCAACACGCGCUAUGGCACGCAGCUGUUGGUGAGCUCCGAAACGUUGCAGUCCAGCAUUGGGGAGCUCUUCGUGGCCCGGACCAUCGGCAAGUUGGUAUUGAAAGGUCGCACCAUGCCCACACAUACGUUGGAGGUGAUUGGCCGAAAAGGCCACAUCCCGCAAGACUUGGAACAAGCUGCGGAGUUUCACGAAAACGGCUUUACACUUUUUUCGGAGGGCCGCUUCGAAGAAGCCAAGGUCCUCUUUGAGCAGGCGAACUCGGUUUUCUGUGAGUACGACGAGGGGGCGGUUCCCCAGGACAAGCCCUCCGCGCUCCUGUGCGACAUGUGUAAUAUGUACGUGAAGAAUCCACCCCCUAUGGACAAGUGGGAUGGCUCGGAGCACUUGAAUAAGAAGGCCUGGUAG